GGAGUGUUGUGACCGCACACCAAACUUUCGCAGAUUCGGGCGCGAACUCCGAAUUACAUUUUCGAAUUUUUUUCUGACAUUUGACGUUUUAAUUUUUUUUUCAUAACGAAGCAGUGGCGUCGCCCGUUUAGUGACUUGUCAAUUUGGUCGAGUGUUGUGAAGUGUAAGGGUGACACUUUGGCCCGUCUUUGCUCAUUAAAAGUGGCGUUUUCGUGUCAACAGGAUGUGAUAUAUUCGUGAUGGACCUUUCAAAAGGAAUACGCAGUUAGAAGCAGCUGUAAUUACAUCAAGAGCAAGCAUGUGCUGAGUCAACAUGGAGUCAACAGAGGACGAAUUCUACAGCAUAUGCCUGAAUCUCACCAGUGAAGAGAUAGCCAGCGUCGGCGGGUGUAAUUACAGCGCUGAAUACGAAAAUGGCGAAUUGCUUGAGAAGGUCGUGUCCAGAGUUGUACCAAUCUUCUUCGGAUUCAUUGGAAUUGUUGGCUUGGUUGGCAACGCUCUGGUCGUGCUCGUCGUUGCUGCAAAUCCUGGAAUGAGGUCUACCACAAACCUGCUCAUAAUCAACUUGGCUGUAGCUGAUCUGCUCUUCGUUAUUUUCUGCGUACCUUUCACCGCUACUGAUUAUGUUAUGCCCAGAUGGCCGUUCGGAGACUGGUGGUGCAAAGUCGUACAAUACUUCAUCGUUGUGACUGCCCACGCUUCAGUAUACACGCUAGUUCUGAUGUCUCUAGACAGAUUUAUGGCAGUGGUACAUCCGAUAGCGUCAAUGUCAAUACGAACUGAGAAGAAUGCUCUGCUGGCAAUCGCUUGCAUAUGGGUGGUGAUACUGACCACAGCAAUCCCUGUAGGCAUUUGCCAUGGAGAGCGAGAGUACUCCUAUUUCCAUAGAAACCAUUCCUCUUGCGUGUUCCUGGAGGAGCAGGGAUACAGCAAGCUGGGGUUCCAGAUGUCUUUCUUCCUGUCAUCAUAUGUGAUACCCUUGGCGCUUAUUAGUUUUCUGUAUAUAUGUAUGCUGUCAAGAUUGUGGAAGAGUGCACCAGGAGGGAGGGUGUCAGCUGAGAGCAGGAGGGGGAGGAAGAAAGUGACACGAAUGGUUGUGGUCGUUGUUGUUGUGUUUGCGGUGUGCUGGUGUCCCAUACAGAUUAUUCUCCUGGUGAAAGCCCUGGACAAGUACAACAUCACCUACUUCACUGUGACUGCGCAGAUCGUCUCUCACGUGCUAGCGUAUAUGAACAGCUGCGUCAACCCUGUGCUCUACGCGUUCCUGUCUGAGAACUUCAGGGUUGCUUUUAGAAAGGUGAUGUACUGCCCGCCGCCAUACUCCGACGCGAUGGCCCGUGCACAGCCGACGAAGACGACACGCACCGGCAACGGGAACUCCUGCCACGAUAUCGUGUGAGAGUCGUUACGCAGUCGUACGCACGUCGCGGAACAGGCGACGAUCGUGUGAACGUACGGCUGUGUUGCGUUAAAAAAAAUUGGAAUCGUUUGAUUGGUUGCUUGAUGAUGUUCUGAAUUUAAAUUGAUGUAUUUAGUUUUAAAACAAAAAUUUUAGUUGGCAUGUUUGCCUGCUUAUUAACCAACUUCUUCGAUCUCUAAUAAUAAUAAUUC